UUUGGAGGAAUGCUGGGCAAGAGAGCAGACCGAAUGGAGAUGUGAGAGCACUGUGAAGCUACAUGCACUCCUCUAUGGACGGACUUCGAUCUCUCCACUGACGACCCUUUCGAGUCCAUGGAAGCCACCUUCAAUAACUUCGGGCAGCAGAAUUCUAAUUUGACACAAAUGGAUUCUUCAUCUCCAUCCCCAAACCCAAUGUCACCCGUGCCAAUGAACAAUAGCAAUUCAACUAGUGCCCCAAGAUUUGGAACCGUCAUUCCUAAUCGUAUUUUUGUAGGAGGAAUUGAUUUUAAGACAAAUGAAAAUGAUCUAAGGAAUUUUUUUUCUCAGUAUGGAACAGUUAAAGAAGUCAAAAUAGUCAAUGACAGAGCAGGAGUUUCUAAGGGGUAUGGGUUUAUUACUUUUGAAACACAGGAAGACGCUCAAAAAAUUUUACAAGAGGCUGAAAAGUUGAAUUAUAAAGAUAAAAAACUCAACAUUGGCCCUGCAAUAAGAAAACAACAAGUGGGCAUUCCACGAACAAGUUUAAUGCCAGCAGCUGGAACCAUGUAUCUAACCACCUCAACUGGAUACCCAUAUACAUAUCACAAUGGAGUGGCUUAUUUUCAUAGCCCAGAAAUGACCUCAGUCCCACAACCUUGGCCUCCCCGCUCUAUUUCCAGCUCACCAGUAAUGGUGGCUCAUCAAGCUCAACCAAUUUAUCAGCAGCCAGCAUACCACUACCAGGCACCAGCUCAUUGUCUUGCAGGACAGUGGCAGUGGGGAUUGCCACAGUCACCAGCUUCUACAGCUCCUGUGUUAUAUCUACAACCACCUGAGAUGAUUUAUCAACCAAUGGUUGCCUCAGAUGGUGGAUGCGCACUUCCUCCUCUUCCAGUGAUGGAAGUCUCUAUGCCUGAGCCUUACACUGAUCAUGGUGUGCAAGCACCGUACCACCAAGUUUACACCCAAAGUCCUAUGGCAGUAGCAGCACCUGUAAUGCAACAGGAACAAGUUAAGGAAUCAAGGUUACAUCCUGUCAGAAGAAAUUUUUCUCAGCCGCCACCAGUUGGGAUAAAACCUCGUUACACUCGAAGUCCACAUUACCAUCUGAGGAAGGAAUACCGAGCUGAAGAUUCCAUCCUUACUCCACCUUCCUCAACUGAAUCUGUUAAGUAGAAGAGUUUAUAGUGCUAUUACCACAUUUGAAUACAUACAUGUAUGAAAGGAGACAUCCGGAUAAGUCUUAAUGUUAGAAGCUAUGUGUAAGAAAUGAUUCUUUGAGCUAUUCAGUUUUUUAAAAACUACUUGAAAUAGUGGAAGUAGGAUUAAGCAGGAUGGGUUUAAAUAUAUAGCCAAGGCAUCUUGGUUUGUAAAUUGGAAAAACAUGUUAUGUUAUCAAACAUGCCACUGUUAAUAUGUCUGAGCAUGUCUGCAUUUUAUACUUCAAACCGAAGAGAUUUUGCAGUAUACGUUGUUAGAACCUGACCAUUUUUAAGAAUCAUGGCUACAUUGUGAAUUCUUUAGAAUUUGCAAAUAAUCCAGACCAGCAUAAUAUGUGGCAGUGUGGUACAGAAUAGUAGUUAUGCUGAUUUUUGAAAAAUGCCUGGAGGCUGAAAGUGGAGAUUUAAUAAACUAGAAGGGAAAUGUAAACCUUCCAUUUUCAGCUUAAAGUCGCACCUCUAUUUUUAAGAAGUAUUGAUGUUGAUAUGUUUUUACACCUUUCCUUUGUAUUUAAGUUUUCCAUGUGAAUUCAUAUGGCCUAAAUUGUUUAUUUUUACCAUUUUGUGUUAUCUAUCUUUUUGUAAUGUUUUGUAAUAUUGUAUAUGUCGCAUUUAAAUUAUAAUGUUUAUUUAGACUGGGUUGUUUUUAACCCUUUCUCACUUGAUGCAGAGGUAUUACUUAGUGUGUACGGCUUGAGUAAAAAAAAAAGCCUUGAGUAUUGGACCACUUGCUUCUCUGCACAUGGUACCUUUUAUCGUAUUUGCAUUUAUACAUAUCCUUCCUAAAUGUCAUGUUUUAACGUAGUAGGACCGUAGUAUUAAUAUAGUAUAAUGUUGGAAGUAUUACUGUUUCAAUCUAGUUAUGCUGUUAUGUUUUAGCUUAGGUACAGUUAAGUAAGUCGUUAUUACUCUUUUUAGAUUUAAGGAGAAAAUUGGCCAAUAGGUGCAUCCUAAAUGGUCAAUUGGUGGCAUUAUAUAAACACUUUGCCUCAUAGCAGGAAAGUAUCUGAAUGAAUGUGUUCUGUUAUAAAUAAGUUUGCAAUUGCUCUUCCAAAUAUAAAGAUAGUCGAUCCUUAAACCAUAAUUUCAUCUUUAGCCUGUUUUCUUUGGGUUAUCUUGAAAUUCAAAAAAAACUGACCAAUAUCAAAAUGUAAUAGUAGGAAUAGGUAACGACUGUCAAUCCUAAAACCCAGCAAUGAAACAUAAUUUUAAGAAUGCAAAAUUUUACAAAGGGAAUGUCACUGUUGACUUAAUCAUCUGUAUGUUAAUAUCACUUUUCUGAGAGGUGAACUUUUUAUUGAGUAACUGCUGUGUCUUUUGCAUGUUUUGAAAAAAAAGCCUUUGCUAAACCAUGCAAACGACUGCAGGAUAGAGGAUUUUGAGGUAUUUUUCAAUAAAAUAAGAUUUCUUUGCAAAUUAGAAACCACUAGUUUAGUACUGAUUUGAGAGUUGAUAUCUAAAUUGAAAUUAAUAUUUCAAUAUCCCACUCCAUAUUUUGCAAUGUGUACCAUAAAAGUAAUGAUUUCAUAAAAAAAGUUGCGGUGUACACUAUAUACUGUACGGUAAACACAGCUAUGUCAUAACUUGACCUUCUUCAGUAAUUUCCUGUCAUUACAUGUAAGGUGUAGCCAUAUUAAUACUCAAGGAUUGGAAUAUACUCAUAAAUACCGCUCAAAACAGUCUUUCAAAAGUAUUGGAGCUAGUACUUUUGAUAUCAUCUGACUUGAGAUUGUUUUUUAGUAUCUAGUGAUUUCAUAACAUCAAGGUUUCUGAGACUCAGUAAAAUUCUACCUGGGUCUUAAUUUAUUUUAUUAAUUUAUUAAUAUAGUAUUCCAGAGUAUGUAGAAUUCGGCAAAUUGUUCAAUUCAAUUUAACUUUGAAGCAUGUUUUCUGUAGUUCUUGA